AUCAUUUGCAUCACAUUUACAUCCAGGCCUGGGUCUUAGGGGUGGAGGGUGAUCCCCUGGGUCCCAAAGCAAGCUGCGCCUCACAGGCUCUCAUCACCCAGGGGACAAGGGGGUGGAGCUGGUUGCACAGCCCUGCAGAGAAGCUGGGGCAGGAAGCGGGAGUGGGGAGGGGGAAGGUCACAGCCCGCGAAGGCAAGGCGGGUGCAGGGCUUGUGGGGAGGGAGGGAGGCGCCAGCACUUGAGCCCUGAGGCCCUGCUGGCCCCUGGGCGCAGGCCCAGCUCCGGCCCCCAGGAAUGGACCUCGCAGACCCGGACAUUUUUAAUAGAGACCCCCGGGACCACUACGACCUGCUGCAGCGGCUGGGUGGCGGCACCUAUGGGGAAGUUUUUAAGGCUCGAGACAAGGUGUCGGGGGACCUGGUGGCAUUGAAGAUGGUGAAGAUGGAGCCUGAUGAUGAUGUCUCCACCCUUCAGAAGGAAAUCCUCAUGUUGAAAACUUGCCGGCACGCCAACAUCGUGGCCUACCACGGGAGUUAUCUCUGGUUGCAAAAACUCUGGAUCUGCAUGGAGUUCUGUGGGGCUGGUUCACUCCAGGACGUCUACCAAGUGACGGGCUCCCUGUCAGAACUCCAGAUUAGCUAUGUCUGCCGGGAAGUGCUCCAGGGACUGGCCUAUCUGCACUCACAGAAGAAGAUACACCGAGACAUCAAGGGGGCCAACAUCCUCAUCAAUGAUGCCGGGGAGGUCAAACUGGCUGACUUUGGCAUCUCAGCCCAGAUCGGGGCAACUUUGGCUAGACGCCUCUCUUUCAUUGGGACGCCCUACUGGAUGGCUCCGGAAGUGGCAGCCGUGGCCCUGAAGGGGGGAUACAAUGAGCUGUGUGACGUCUGGGCCCUGGGCAUCACAGCCAUCGAACUGGCUGAGCUACAGCCGCCGCUCUUUGACGUGCACCCACUCAGAGUUCUCUUCCUCAUGACCAAAAGUGGCUACCAGCCCCCGCGAUUAAAAGAAAAAGGCAAAUGGUCGGCUGCUUUCCACAACUUUGUCAAAGUCACCCUCACUAAGAGCCCCAAGAAACGACCCAGCGCCACCAAGAUGCUCAGUCAUCAGCUGGUCUCCCAGCCUGGGCUGAACAGAGGCCUGAUCCUGGAUCUUCUGGACAAACUGAGGAACCCUGGAAAGGGGUCCCCCCUUGGGGAGAUUGAGGACGAGGAACCUGAGUUACCCCCUGCUGUCCCUCGGCGGAUCAGAUCCACCCACCGGGCCAGCUCCCUGGGGAUCCCAGAUGCAGAUUGCUGUCGGCGGCACAUGGAGUUCCGGAAGCUCCGAGGGAGGGAGACCAGACCACCAGCCGACACUGCUCGCUUACAGCUCCCCCGAGACUUCAGGAGCAGCAGUCCCAGGAAGCACCUGUCAGACUCCGACGAUGAUGACUAUGAUGACGUGGACAUCCCCGCCCCUGCAGAGGACACACCCCCUCCGCUACCCCCUAAGCCCAAAUUUCGUUCUCCAUCAGACGAGAGUCCUGGGAGUAUGGGGGAUGACGGGCAGCUGAGCCCAGGGGUGCUGGUCCGGUGUGCCAGCGGGCCCCCUCCACGCACCCCGCGUCUUCGGCCUCCCCCAGCCACCGGCAGCCCGCACCUCACUGCCCAUUCAGAACCCUCACUCUGGAACCCACCCUCCCGGGAGCCUGACCAGCCCCCACUGCUGCCCCCCAAGAAGGACAAGAUGAAGAGAAAGGGAUGUGCCCUUCUCGUAAAGUUGUUCAAUGGUUGCCCGCUCCGGAUCCACAGCACGGCCGCCUGGACGCACCCCUCCACCAAGGAACAACACCUGCUCCUGGGGGCAGAGGAAGGCAUCUUCAUCCUGAACCGGAAUGACCAGGAGGCCACGCUAGAGAUGCUCUUUCCUAGCCGGACUACCUGGGUGUACUCCAUCAACAACGUCCUCAUGUCUCUCUCAGGAAAGACCCCCCACCUGUAUUCUCAUAGCAUCCUGGGCCUGCUGGAACGGAAAGAGACGAGAACAGGAAACCCUAUCGCUCACAUGAGCCCCCACCGGCUCCUGGCAAGGAAGAACAUGGUCUCUACCAAGAUCCAGGACACCAAAGGCUGCCGGGCGUGCUGUGUAGCGGAGGGUGCCAGCUCCGGGGGCCCAUUCUUGUGCGGGGCAUUGGAGACGUCCGUGGUCCUGCUUCAGUGGUACCAGCCCAUGAACAAGUUCCUGCUCGUCCGGUCCGCCCUCCGAGUAGCCGGAACUACAGAGCACAAGGCACCCGUGCAGGUGACUCAGGUCGAGGAAGAUGUGGUGAUGGUGUUGAUGGAUGGCUCUCUGAAGCUGGUGACCCCCGAGGGAGCCCCAGCCCCGGGCCUUCGCACACCUGAGAUCCCCAUGACAGAAGCGGUGGAGGCCGUGGCCGUGGUCGGGGGCCAGCUCCAGGCCUUCUGGAGGCAUGGAGUGCAGGUGUGGGCUCUAGGCUCGGACCAGCUGCUGCAGGAGCUGAGAGACCCCACCCUCACCUUCCGCCUGCUUGGGUCCCCCAGGCCAGUAGUGGUGGAGACGCGCCCAGCAGAUGAUCCUACUGCCCCCAGCAACCUCUACAUCCAGGAAUGAGUCCCUGGGGGGUGUGAGGAACGCGUCUCUGCACCCCCCCCCAACAGACACACUAGUGGUUCUGACGUGUCCUCAUCUCCCAAUAAACAUGACUUUAGUCUCUGC